ACAAAAUCGAGGGUGUUCGUUUCGAAUCGGUUUCUCCCAUUUCUUCGUUCGUCGUCGUCGUCCUCCCCCCCCCUCCUCCUCCUCUUCUUCUUCUUCUUCUUCUCUUUCAUUAAUCAAACAGAAAGCCACGUCCGGCGAUCCAGAUCGCCGGCUAUCCUCAAUUCGGAGCGCGCGUUCGAGAUCGCAAAUCGCAGGCUAACGAGUGAUUUUGGGUCUUUGUAAUGGGGAUCAGCAGGACAGAAGUGAACUUGAGGAGGUUACUUGCAGCUGCACCUAAGCAAGAGAAUCAAGCGAAACUUGCUCACUAUGUUGCCACUUUAAGAGAACAACUGGAGCAGCUGGCUGAGGAGAGAACCCCAGAUGGGUUGCCAAGAGUUCCAAAGGCAAUGGUGAUUGAUUAUUCUGAAAAGAUUGAAGCAAUUGCUGCUAAGUUAUCAGCUACUUUGCUUGAUGUGGAAGAGUCUCAGGAGCCCUUUCCAGGAAGUUCUUCUGGAGAAAGCCCUCAUAAAGAAUUGGAAGAUCCGGUUACCCCAAAAUCAGGAUUAAGAAGGAGAUUUGCAUUCUUUAACAGGCCGACCUCAAGUCCUGCAGAGACGACUCAAUCCCAUAAUGAAGUUGAUUCAUCAGGACCUGUCAAACUAGAUACUGCAGCGCAAGCACACAUUGAAAAGCACAGAAAGCUUCAAGAGGAUCUGACAGAUGAAAUGGUUGGUUUGGCUCGGCAACUGAAAGAGAGUAGCCUCGUGAUGAGUCAGUCCCUGCAAAAUACAGAAAAAAUACUUGAUUCAACAGAGAACGCUAUUGAGCACAGCUUGGCAAGUACAAAUCGGGUUAAUGUACGAGCAACGGAGAUAUACUCAAAAGGCUCUAAGACUACAUGCUUUACUUGGCUUCUGAUCUUCGCGAUGACAUGUAUCUUUAUUAUGGUUGUACUUUUGAUUCGUGUCACUUAAGAUAAUCCUAUCUCAAGUUCUGUCAGUUGAGUUAUAGUUCCAUCCUGUGAUGUUGACGAAAACGUGAGUGUAAAUGUGUAGCUUAAACAUUCCUUGCUAAUUGACUUCUGAUCGAACUUUUUUAAGGUUCUUUCGACUAA